AUGGCUACGGACGUUGCACAGGCAUCACAAGUAGGGCAUGUGCAUCGUAUUUCACAAGAAACCUCGAGACUAAUUCGACAGCGUCUAGCAAAGCUUAGAGGGCCUCACAUGCUGCUUGCGCCGAAUGAGACGCUCGAUUUACGCGCCGCACAGCGCACAUUUGAUGGCGCCUAUAUGCGCACAGCUCUAUCGCAACUUACAUUCUCAUUAGCUAUCAUCAAGAUUUUCGAGCCAAAAUUUUUCUGGAUUGGGCUCGCAAAUUGUGUAUUGGCUUUAGGCCUGGUCUUAACGUCAGUGUUCCGGCACCGUAUGACUAUGAAAUAUGUGGAACGUGUCUAUCUGACGAUACAAGCACGACGCAAUCUCGAUGUGCAUCGAGUUGACGAUAAUGGCUUGCGAGCUGAUCCCUCGUCUGAAUUACACACAAAAUUCCCGAGUUUCCGCACUGCAGGUGAUAUUGUUCUGUUCAUUGCUGUCUACAUUGUGGUUGUCGAGUCAGUGAUUCUUUGCCUUCUCUGUAAGCUCUGA